AUGUCACAAAUUACAGACAGGCUUCGAUCUCAGAACGGGAAGCUCCGCGAAGAAAUAAAAAAACUCCAAUAUGCUCUUAAAGAGAUAAAUAAUGACGUCCCAAUCUCAUCUUUCUCCCAAAAGGAGCCAAAAAUACAUUCACAAAAUUUCAAAAAUCAAAAUCGUUAUUACAUGAAGCAAGGCUUAGAUGGAAAAAUUCAAAAAGAAGUAGCUUUACGAGAGUAUCCUAGAGUUAUCGAAGUUUCAAUAAAAAAGAAAGAUACAGGCUGCGAUCCGAUUUAUUUCGAAUCCAAUUCGAAGUCUGAAAGCUUGCUAGAUUCCUCUAAACAGUCAAAUCCCUUUGACACUAAAAAAACGAUAAACAGCUCCCAUAUAGACAGUUGGUCAAGCAUAGGUCGCAACCCUACACCCCCACCCCCCUCCAAUAACCCCCACCCUCACCACCCCUAAAAAUGGUACCCCCACCCCCCUUUCACAGAUGGCACCCCCACCCCCUCCUCUCGGGUUUAUCCUAUAGAAGUUAUUGAUAGGAAAUAAGCAGAAUAAAUUAAACAUAACCCAAUUAAAAUACUAUAUUUUUAAAUUAAGUCCACAAAUUACUUUAUAUUUAUGAUUAAUUAAUAAAUUUAAAUGAAUUAGCAAUUAAUUAGAAAAUAUAUUAAAUUUGUUAUUUAUAUUUAUAAAUAUAAUGCUAAAGAUAUAUAGAUAAUGGCAUUAAUAUAUAAAUUAGCCAAGCACAAUACAAUAACUUGCAUUAAAUUUAUGGAUUCAUAAAUUAAAGCUAAUCUGAUUACCAUUGUGCAAAGAUUGCAGGACUGAAUUGGUAACAGGAUUCAUAGUGGUAAUAAAAAUAGCAUUUGCUAUUGUCAGUUUUACUUUUGGAUCUCUAAUUCGACUUUUAGCUAUUGUUCCACAAAGUUCAUAUAGCUUUUUGCCUUGAGUGGCGCGGUAUGGGCGCCACUUCGGCAAGCUCCUUCUUCCAGUUGGCCGAGCCAACUCAGGUUGGUUCGACCAACUGGAGAAUUGACAAGUGAGGGCCUUUUGGGGAGACUUGUCAGUUCUAGUUGGCCGAACCAACCUGAGUUGGCUCGGCCAACUGGAAGAAGGAGCUUGCCGAAGUGGCGCCCGCACCGCGCCACUCAAGGAAAAAAGCAUAAAUAUAUGCAGGAUAUAUUGCUAAUUAAUACCAAAGAUCAUUAUUAACUUGCUAACAAAAUUUUUUCAGAUUUGGUGAGCUUACUAGUUAUAGGAAAUUCUCACCCCACUCCAUCUACUCCUUAAUCGAUUGUGCUACGCUAUGUGGAUAUUGUAUAAAUUAGUAAUUUUGAAUAUUUAAAAUAAUAAUUUCUUUAUUACGUCUGCUCUAAAUUGGCAUUUUUUUCAUAUAUUUUAUGCUAUAUAAGGGGAUGGGGGUGGGGGUGCCAUCUGUGAAAAGGGGGGUGGGGCUGCCAUUUUUUAGGAGGGGUGGGGGUACCAUUAAAAAAGGGGGGUGGGGGUGUAGGGUUGCUACCUGUGCUUGACCAGACAGUCUAUUCACAAGCACCUUACAAAAUGAUUCUGAAGACUAUAUCCGAGAUAACUUUGAAAGUCCUGAAUUUUCAAAGAAAUUCAAAAAUAAAAAUCCAGAAAGGGCACUUAAAGAUUCUUUUGACUCUUAUUAUGAGUCAGAACAAGAAAAUCUUGAUAAAUCAGGAAAAUGCGAAUUAAGCUUCCAUGAUUAUGAAAAAGACCAUGAAAGAGGUUCGAGAAGAAAGGAAAGAAAUUUGCUGCAAGAAAUCGAGAGUUUGAGAGAUGAAAAUAAAAAGUUGAGGACAGUGCUUAAAACUAGUUUCAGCAGUAAUGCUGAUAAAGAAAAUAGAGAUACAAAAGUGAAAAAACUUGAUAAAAGCGAAGAAAUUGUGGUCAUAGAAAACAAUAAUUGCAUAGAAAGUGCUAAAAAGAGAAAUGGAGUAAAAAUUAAGGCAAAAACUCCAAUAAAGCAAGCAAAAAUUACGAAAUCAACUACACCUAGAAGCAAAACAGUAGCAAAAGUAGUUAAGAAAAGCCAAGAAAAAUCCAAAACUCCACGAAAAGUAUUAACACAUAGAUCAUCAACCCCACGAAAAGUUUUAACAAAUAGGUCAUCGACUCCUCAGAACUUCAGCCAAUCUACAACUCCAAAAAGAUCCCAAAAACAUUCGCAAAGUUCUAUAUCUUUAUCUCAAAGAGCUGAGAGAUCACUAACGCCAUCUCGUUCUCAUCAUUGCCAAAAAUGUGACAGCCUUCUUACAAGAGGCAGAUCGACAUUUAGCUGUAAAAAACAUGGAAGUUGCAUAUCUAAAAGUUCAAGCUCUAAAAACCUGUAA